CUUUUCUGUGUUUCACUUGUGUGGUAAAGCCAGCCACGUCUCGAAGCCAGAAGUGGCCGAAAAGAGUUGCCAAACAUGGGGAUCCCUGGGCUGCUGCAGUUCAUCAAAGAUGCAGGGGAGCCCAUCAAUGUGAAGAAAUACAAAGGGCAGACGGUAGCAGUAGACACGUACUGUUGGCUUCAUAAAGGAGCAUUUUCAUGUGCAGAGAAGCUUGCUAAAGGAGAACUGACUGAUCAGUAUGUAUGGUACUGUAUGAAAUAUGUGGACAUGCUGUUUUCCUUUAGUGUGAAACCAAUUCUAGUUUUCGACGGACGUAAUCUACCUUCAAAGCGAGAAGUGGAAAAGGCUCGCAGAGAGCGUCGAGAAGCCAACCUUCAAAAAGGUCGGCAGUUGCUACGAGAUGGCAAACUUUCAGAGGCCAGAGACUGUUUUACCCGGUGUGUCAACAUCACCCCAGCCAUGGCUCAUAACCUGAUUAAGGCUGCGAGGGCGAGGGGAGUAGACUGUAUUGUGGCCCCAUACGAAGCCGAUGCUCAACUGGCCUACCUGACCAAGUCUGGUUUGGCUCAUGCAGUCAUCACGGAAGACUCUGAUCUUUUGGCAUUUGGCUGUAAAAAGGUGAUCGUAAAAAUGGACAAGCAGGGUUAUGGCCUGGAAAUUGACCAGAGUAACCUGGGUCGAUGUCGUUCUCUGGGCAACGUUUUCACAGAGGAGAAGUUUCGCUAUAUGUGCAUACUCUCGGGCUGUGACUACCUAGCUUCUCUGCAUGGUAUCGGUCUGGGAAAAGCCUGCAAGCUGCUCAGACUGGCAAAAGACCCUGAUAUCCUCAAGGUGAUCAAGAAGAUGGGCCAGUACUUAAAGAUGGAUCUAGUAGUCCCUAAAGAGUACAUCGAAGGAUUUGUCAGAGCCAAUCGGACCUUUCUUUACCAGCUGGUGUUUGAUCCUCUCAAGAGGAAGAUUGUCCCCCUCAACCCAUAUGAAGAGGACAUCAACCCUGCCACUCUCACUUAUGCUGGAGUUCCUGUAGGAGAUGACAAAGCCUUACAGAUGGCCUUAGGAAACCUUGACAUCAACACAAUGGAGAGGAUUGAUGACUUUAACCCAGACAAACCUAUGACACAGCCCGUAACACACCGCAGUUGCAGCUGGAAUGAAAGCAGAGUCCCCGGUCCCACCGGGCUCAGUAUUUGGAGCCAAGGCACAAAGGCAACAUCUACUGUACCAGCCCAGCUUGCUGCCUUCCCUGACAGGCCUCCAUCCACCAGGGGGAAGGAGAGAGUCAUCAGCCUGGCUGGGCUCAGGCUUCCCUUCAAAAGUGCGCAAGUGAAGAGACCACGAGAAGCCACAGACAGCAGUCUAUCAGAUCAAGAUGUUCUGCAGCAGUACUUCAAUGUGAAGCGAUCCAAGUCAGACCAGCAGCCAGAAACAUUGAUGUUAAUACCAGUCAAUCAGCCACGGUCACGCAACCGCUUUGCCACACUCCUGCAGAGGAGGAACUGGGAUGUCGAAAACGAAGGCCAGGCCAUUAGCAGCAGAUUCUUCAGAAAUUCCAGUUCAGCUGCCAGCAGUAUGAAGGAAUCUGCUCAAGUGGGUUUCGGUUAUAGUAUGGAGCCCAAUGCUACAACAAGCCCUAUUAAGCACACAUCCGACCCCGGUGUCCGGACCAAUUAUGGUGAUGGCUCAGAAGGCCCAGAAGUCCCAUCUGUGGAAACACCCAGUCCACCUCCUUCUCCAAAUACCUCUUCCCCCAGUUCAGGCAGUCAGGGUCUCAGGCUGUUUGACUGGUCAGACAGUUCACCCUUUACUGAUCAAUCACAGAAACCCAAGUCUAGUUCAGGCCUGGAUGCCCUGCACCAGUUCCAGUAUAAGAAGGACAGUUUCUCCUCAUCCACUAAGUCCUCUAUUGACACGAACCCAAAAACGGAGGGCAAACCCAUAGACUCUCCUCCCUCUCAGGACAGCACCUACUUUUCUCAAUCCCAGCCUUCCCUUGUUUCCUUAUACAAAGAUGAAACCCCCUCCUGUGGCCCCAAACCCUUCCAUCCUGUGCCUGAAAUGGAUUCAAAAGUGGAUUCUGAGUCAGAGCAGAGUCCCACACGCUCAAAAGAUGCCUGUAAUAAAUUCGGAAUGUUGCAAUUAAAGGUUGCAGCUUUAUCAAAGCCCAAGUUCAGCAGUCUGGUUAAAGCCACAAAGGUGCAAGCAUUGGGCCCAGCAAGGGCCAGUGGAUUGAGGAAGAAAUCCUCCACAAAUAAUGAGAACAAUCCUGGAUUCCAGGCCACCAUCAGCAGUCUGUGGAAGAAUUACAGCUUCAAAAAAGAUACCCAAAAGAUGACAUCUUCUAAGAAAGGAGAGCCGAUGUCUGCAUUUGCAGGCAACCUGGUGGCAAGUUAACAGCAGACAAACUCAUCACAUCAGCAACUUCUGAUGCUUGCUUUGAAUAGUUCACAUAGUGCUCAGCACUCUUUAA